UCAGGCGCCCUGCACGUGGCUCCCCAAAAUUUCCCAAUUCCCCUCAUCUCCUCCGUACUCGCACAACCCCAAAUCCUCCUCGAAUUCCUCGAAUCCGACCAGCCCCCUCGCCGAAUUGCCCACCCCCGCGGUUCCGCUUCCCGCCGGUAGUCGCCCGUGCGGCGGCGUUUCGGCAUCCCCCGGGCUAUAGCAAGGAGAACAUUCUUAUGAGUUGGCUGGCUGUGAUUUCAUAUAAAUUCUGGUACUGUGAAAAUGGAUCAGAAGUUGGUAGAAAGUUUGCGCGGGGAUUAACAAUAGACGAUUGAGGCCUGAGUGGAUUUAGGUACUCUGUUGUGACAGCUUAUUAGGUAGCUCUUCGACUUGAAGAAAUCACAGUUGUAUUAGAUCUUUACACAGUGCACGAGGCACACACUCCUUUAGAUCAUAAUUUUGCUUUAUUUGGAUAAGUACAAGCCUUUCGGAUAUAGUGAAACUGGAAAGGUGGCGCAUUCGUGAUGGACAGAGCUGGAGGCAACCAAGCAGGCCAAGUGUUGAAGAAAGGGAAGAAGAAACAUGCCAAAGAUGAGUCAGACCGGCAGAAGCAGGCCGAGAAGAAAAGGCGCCGGCUAGAGAAAGCGCUUGCAAACUCUGCUGCAAUUAUUUCGGAGCUGGAAAAGAAGAGGCGGCAGAAACAAGAAGAGCAGCAGAGGCUGGACGACGAAGGUGCCGCGAUAGCCGAGGCGGUCGCUCUCCAUGUUCUCAUAGGCGAGGACUGCGAUGAACCCUGCCAACUGAUGCUUAACAAUCGUAAAAGGUGUGAUGGGUUUUUGAACCUUGAACUGACUCCUGGUGCACAAGGAGCAGGAGAUGGUGGUUAUCUUUGUGGCAGCAGACUGGCGCGUGGCUCCCAUGCUCAUGUUCCCCAGUGGCGGUGGACCGACUGCGGGCCAUUUUCAUUUUCUUCAUGGGAAGAGGUGGGCGAUUUCGAAGCGCUGUACCGCCGAGGAGCAUUUGCUCAGUCAGAUUCAGACACCUGCCCCGAUCAUGUAGCAGCCUGGGCCGUCUCGCCGUUGCAGGGCGGAGUUGGUUCGUGUGAGGAUGCAUUUCCUGUCCAAGGAGCAGCAGCUUCUGCCAUUAACAUAAUGCUGAGCGACACCACCACCACCAGUAGUCUGAACAUCUACAGAGAGCUAUGAAACAUACAGGUUAUACAUACACACACACUACCAAUGCAAAGCUGCAUCUUUUCCUCUGCCUUGUACUACAAGAUUAGCUAGCUAGCUGCCUUGAGAAAACCAGAAAGGAGAUAUAUAGAAUAGCGUAGCCAAUUUCCCCGUUGUCUGCCAAGCAUCAGUUUUAAGUCGGCAUUGUAAUGAAAAUUGUUGAAUUUCUUCUCUCUCUUUUUUUUUCUGUUCCGACCAGAGAUGAGCUGAUGUGUUUGCCCAAUUGGUUGUAGCUAGUGCAGGUCACAGUUUGGCUUUAUGUAACAAUGUGGUUGGGUUUGGCUGGUCGCCACCUCCAGCUAUAUAGUAGUAAAUGUUCUUUUUCUUGCAA